CCAUGGCUCCCAAAGUUGUACUGAUAACAGGAUGCUCAUCCGGGAUUGGGCUGGCAUUGGCUGUGAAACUAGCACAGGACAAGCAGAGGAGGUUCAAAGUGAUUGCCACAAUGAGGAACGUGGCCAAGAAGGAGAAGCUGGAAACCGCUGCGGGGGCUGCUCUCAACAAGACGCUGGAGAUCAAACAGCUGGACGUCUGCGACGAGAAAUCCAUCUGCAGCUGCAUCAACAGCAUCCCCCAACGGCAUGUUGACAUCCUCAUCAACAACGCUGGUGUUGGUCUUAUUGGUCCCAUCGAGUGCCAGACCAUCGAAGAGAUGAAGGCCAUCAUGGAGACCAACUUCUUUGGCGCGGUGAGGAUGAUUAAGGAGGUCCUCCCUGACAUGAAGAAAAGGCGGAGCGGCCACAUUGUGGUCAUCAGCAGUGUCAUGGGUUUGCAAGGCAUCAUGUUCAAUGACAUCUACACAGCUUCCAAAUUUGCCAUUGAGGGCUUCUGCGAAAGCCUCAUCAUCCAGGCGCUCAAGUUCAAUAUCUUUGUCAGUUUGAUAGAGCCUGGCCCAGUUGUGACCGAGUUUGAGAUGAAGGUCUAUGAAGACGCAGAGAAAGCUGACUUCUCCCAGACGGAUCCCGAGACCGCAGAAAUAUUCACCAAUGUCUACCUGAAAAAUUCCAAGGUCCUCUUCUCCAGCUUGGGCCAGACCCCUGAAGAUAUAGCUGAGCACACGCUGAAGGUCAUCACCACGGCCAAGCCGCCCUUCCGCCACCAGACCAACGCCAUCUACACGCCCAUGAUGGCUCUCAAGCACGCCGACCCCACCGGGGCCUUGAUGACCGACUCGUUCUACAAGAUGAUCUUCAAAUACGAUACCCUCUUGCACGUCAGCCUGAAGGCCAUUCGGCUGAUCCGCUGGCAAGCCCGGAAAAUGAGGCAAGGGGCCAGGUUGUUGGGCUUCAGAUGAGGAGGCCCUUCGGAGGCCGGAGAGAGAGAGACUGGGGAAACGGAAGAUCCCUAAACAGAUUCACUUCUCUUUUUACCAAACUUUCUGUUUGCACAUUUGAAACACUUUAAAACCCUCAAUUCUAUUCUCACUA